GAGCCACGCCCUUUCUGUUUGACAUGUCCAGUCCCCACCUGUUUUUAGCGUCAUGAUGGUAUGGCCCACAGAGACGACACUUCCCUCGGCGCGGGACGGGCUGUAACUAUGAAGGUAUUUGAAAUUUCGCUAGUGAUGAUUGUUUCUUUCCAGGAGCGAGUUGCUAUAAGGAGUGUCGCUGUCACUCGUCUUUUAUUUACUGGAAAGGACACGAAUUAGCGACGCGCGCGCAUCAGCCGCACCCGGAAGUGGCAGCACUUGUCCGGUUCCAUCAUGUUUCGUUUGGGCUCGCAGUAAUAAGAAGAAGAAGAAGAAGAAGAAGAGGAGGAGGAAUCCCGGUCUAACAUGAUCACAGCACGAGUCGGUGAUCACUUCACGCUCGGUGUUUCCGAUCAGAACAGCUCUGGCUCGUGUGUUCGGCUCCGACUUGCGCUACACUAAUCAGGAGAGAGAGAGAGAGGUAAAGGUAGAGGUAAAGGCGGACAUGCGACAGGGAGUGGAGUACAGUCCGGUCGGUGAGGGGCUCGGGAUGCGGGAAUACUGGCUGUACGCGUGCAUGCGCAAAAUCUCUCUCAUGGCCGCGCACUGUGUCGCUCUGCUCUUCACCGUGCUCAUCGGCGUCCUGUCCCGACCCGGAACAAGUCUCUUCUCUUGGCAUCCGCUCUGCAUGUCACUCGGGUUCUGUCUGUGCAUGACGGAGGGGAUCCUGCUUUUCUCGGGCGAGGGUUCUCCGUGCUGCUUCAUGUCCCGUAAAGGGAAGAUCCGCACACACUGGGUCCUGCAGGUGCUGCUGCUGCUUUUCGCAGCCAUGGGCCUCGGCUUCAUGGUGGCCAGCAAGAGGAAGUCGGAGCACCCCCACCUGGAGACAUGGCACAGCCUGCUGGGCGUCGGGACGCUGGUGGCAACGGUGCUGCAGGCGACCUGCGGCGUUUGCCUGCUGUUCCCCAAGCUCACCCGCAACGUUUCCAUGCCACGGCUGCGGCUCUACCACGCCACCUGCGGCCUCGUGGCCUACUUGCUGGCCACCGUCACCGUCACCGCCGCCUUAUUCAGCGACUGGUUCCAGGCCACCGUCAAUGGGCCGAUUUGGUACGCCUUCCUGCUCUUGCCUCCCUUCCCCGCUCUGGUGGUGAUGAACCAAAUCACAAACACCUUCCUGCCUAAGAAGAAGCUAACAACGUGAACCGUCACGACAAGCAGCCUUUUGCAGCCUUUAAGAGUUCCGAAAUUAUCCGCAGUUCUGAUGCGACGUUGAGUUUUUCCAGUACGGCGGAACUCGUAGCGCUCCAUGCUACGCCUAAUUGCUGUGUAAUUUUAAACGGACUGAGACGUUCCUUAAUAAUUUCGCACCACUUCUGAAAACUAAGGUUAUAUUCCUAAUAAUUCUGUCUCAUUUCCAGUAUCACUAAGCCUUUACGUUGUCUGUAUUAAACACUUAACAACCAGGUGCAAGCUAACUGAACUACACGUGUUAAUAUACAUAUAACAUAUGUUUAUUUGAAGACGCCUUAUGUAAAACCGGCUGUGACGUACAGUAUCUCCUGUGAAAACUUACUUGCACAUUUUUUUAAAGGUGUUACUAUAUAUGUAUAUAUCUACGUUUUGUGGGUUUGCUUUGGUUUAAUUUAAUUUGAGAAGUAUGUUUGUGGACAGGAAAGUGUGUACACAUCUGUACUUUAACAGCUGUGUUAUGCUUCCACUUAUCAGAUAUGAUCAUUUCCUAACCUUCUAUUACUGUGUAGUACGGGAAAGUAUUCUAGCUACAAGCUACACUAAGCGGGAGUUCAGUCUGUCGAGUUUUCUUAACUUUCAUGGCGUCCCUCAUGUGGUGGACAGGAUUGUGUUAUCCUCAACGUGUGUUGCUGCUGCAUUGAAAUUUACCUGGUGUAUUUUCGGACUAUUUCUUUGGGAAUUUACCAGCCCUCCUGAGGUAAACGUUGACCUUACUGACAUUUUUAAUUGUUUCCAGUCACUUUGCCUUUUCAUUGUCCAUGUAAAAGCAUGUGGAUUAUUAUUAUUAUUAUUAUUUAAUGGUUUUGGUAAUAAUAGCUGCCCUUUAAAAUGGUGCCUGGCCCCAGCUAGCAAUAUCUUGAAGCGUCUACAAUGAAAAUGUAUGUUUGUUUCUUUGUUUCUUUGUUUUUUAAGUAAAAGGGGAAGAACUACUAAUUGUUUGUUACUUGUUGACGUGAACAGCCUGACUCCACUAAUCACAAUACAUAAACAGAGGCCUUGCGGUCAUGGUAACGUUUUGUAGCUCGUGUACGAAUCUACUUUAGAGAAUUCCAGUAGACGAAAAUAAUCUACACCUGUCCACCAAUCAGAAGCAAGUAUUUUAUGGGGUCAUGGUAUAGUUAUAAACAUGGUAUACUGUAUAACUGUAUUGUCAGCACAUUCAUUACCUGUGCUUAGAUUUACGCCGGAUCGUGCGUACACACAAACCCUGAAAUAAAUUUUUCAUCAAUCACGUCGGCACCAUUGCUGACUUCGGCGCUCACGGCGAGUGACACAGAUGAAAUGUAAAGUAAAAUCAUAUGAAAGGCACAUUUAAACGCUGGUGAGGCUGAUCUUGCUUCGCCUGAGGGCGAGGAUGUGGAACCUUGCUGGCGAAGCUUUUAAAGGGAAUUUGCUGACCAUAUAUGGCAAUCUGGGGCGUUUCUAUAUGUAAAUUAUGCAAAUAUGACACGGAAAUUACAAAAUGUUAUGUGAAUAUGUAAAUUCCUAUUUUCUAGUGCGUCCUGGCGCUUCUUAUGCACAGAAUGACUACUUGUCCUUUUAUAAACGAGACCCCAGAUUACCCACUAAGGGUUUGUGCGUACUCACGACCAGAAGUGAUUCACAAUAUAUUUAUUUAUACAUCCUAAAUCACAUUAUAUAUGUGUAGAAACGUGUAUGCGUACGGUUUAUGCGUAAAGUUACGCGUACAUGUGGUUGAUAACUGAGACCCCUGAUAACAGUCCUUUGGCUUGUUGAGCUUCGUGUUACACAUUGAAUCACGGGACAAAUUUAAAUUGUAAUUUAUGGAGUAUUUGUGGACUGAGGUUUAACUGUGGUUUUAAACUUAACUGCUUGAAUAAAGGUCAAUUUUGUACUUGC